GGUCACACUGUCUGUGCCGCUGCCGCGAAUCUCGGUCCACGUGAACAAAUUUUGGGCAAUGUGCUAUUCGGUACUCAUGAGAUAAAGUGAUUGCGGGUUGCUUUGGAGUGCACUGACGUUGGCCCACCUUGAACCGCGGGUGAUCGUGAUCUUCGGGCGGAACAGAAAGACGCAGUUGGACUGUCGCAGGAAAAAGGCCCUCUUGGGCACCGGACUUGUGCUUGUGUGUUAGUGCUGCAGACGCGGCGCUCAACAUGUGAGGUUAAAGCAGACGGACAAACAGACGGCGGCAACAAUCCGAACAAGCGUUCGGCUGGGGAAGCCCUUUUUCGAGUGGAAUAGGUGAUCCGGAACCACAACGGAAGCUCAGAAGUUACUUUACAAUUGACGCAAAAUGGAUUCACAAAUGCUAAAUGUAUUCCAAGAAGAUACCUUUGAGGGAAAUUAUACCAAAUACGAGUCAGAGCCGAAUUUCUGGUCAUCUAAUGAUGAACUGCAACUGACAGAUACACUUAGCGGCAUCCUACCCAUCGCGCCCACAGACGAGUCACUGCUCAACCAUGACCGUGAGGACGAUCUGCAAAACAGAAAGAAUCUGAUGAUCUACAAUGACUUUGUGAAACACGACCUCAGCGACCAUGAUGCCAAUGAGCUAAAUGCCCAGGUCUAUCGGGCCAUCGCUGAGAGCGAGGUCGAGGUUGCCUAUGAGCAGCAACGCCAGAUCAGCGCCAUUAUGGAGUACGACCAAGAAGAUAUUAAACUCGAUGGCCUUACGGAGGAGGAGGACAUACAAAGCCAGUCCACAUUUCGCACCCGCACAGACAGCUCUUCGAUUGGUGAUUAUGAAUCGCACUCUAGCGACUACGAUGAUGAAUAUGACAUUGUCAACGAAGAAAAAAGUCCAAGGCUGCCCGUUGUCCAUAACAAUAUCGCCAACUCGCAGAGCUCCUGUGAGCUCCUGCGCAAGGGACGGACGCUCAGUACUAACACUAUUAUCUCCGAAGUAGACGCAUUGGGGCUAAAUAUUGAUGUUAAUAACUUUGACCUAGCUGAUUUUAUUACCAAAGACGAUUUUGCUGAGAAUUUAAACGCCUGUCGCAUAAAGGAAUCUCUGCAAGCACAGGCGCAAAUUAAGUCUAAUACUUUAGCAGAAGUUCCCAUACUUCUUAAUCCACCCGUUGCCACAAUUGUGGGAAAACACGUGGUCCCAUCCUCUAAACCUGGGGAUUCUGAUUAUGACUCUGACUCGAUUAUCGACGUUGAAACUGUCGAUAUGAUGGAUAUGAAUAUGGCCAAUAUCUGGCCAAUAGAUAAGAAGGCAAAAGUGGGCCAAACUCCCGAUGAAUUACGCUAUGUGGACAAUGUAAAGGCCGAUCCCUCCUGGAGUCCGAGGUCCGCGAAAAAGGCCACAUCUACUAUCAAAGAGAAUAAGCCGGAACAACUGGGAACCCAUCAGCUCGCGGUCCCAGCCUUAAGCAAACCGAAGCAUACGAAUAUUUGCCUGGUGCCUAAUAAGAAACAGUGCGAUUUCCUUAAACGUAAGGUUGGAGCUUCCUCCAAGCCAACUAAGGCGACAACAAAAAAAGUGACUGAGUCUACGAGCAACAAGCAGCCGUCAGUAAAAAAUACUCAAUGCACGGGUCUCGGUUUGGGUGGAAAAAAUCUUUCGCUUCUGAAGCAGGAGAGAGACGCCGCAGUAUCGGCGUGUGCAGUACCGGCGUGUGCAGUAUCGGCGUGUGCGCCCAAACCUGUAGCACCUCCAGCCCAUCCGACAACAACGCCGACAUUGGCACCGCCAGCAAAGCGAAAGCUAAAUCUAGAGGAAUACAAACAGCGUCGUUGUGGCGGUGUGGGCGCUGUGAAUUCUAAACCAACUCCACCCAAGCAGGCGAAAGUAGAGGUUGCCACCAAACGCAUUGCUCCUGCCCCGGUUUCAAAACCAACACCAUCACCCAAAAAAGCGGAAAUAGUCAAUAUUGUAAAUAGCCUUAAAUGCCCUCAGGCAGAACAAUCUGCUUUGCCCAUGGAUCCCAUUACCAUGGCCAAGAACAAGGUGCUGCGUAUGUUAGAGAUGAAGCGUGCCCAACAGCUAAAAAUAAUCGAUUCCCGAGUAUCAGCCAAGGUUCCACGCGUAACCAAGCUGCCGCCACUUAAGGAUAUUGUAAAGGACACCUACUGCAUGGAAACUGAGGACCCCGGCAAAGAGAUAGCGCCACUCAGCAACAAACUCCACCCGGACUAUGAGGAGAUUAUAAUAGUUUCAGCUAGUUGCAAUACAGACAUAACAAUACCGCCCAAUCAAUUAAGCAAGGCCUCCCCUCGCUCCCUCCUAAAGUCAUCCGUUUUGCUGUACAACAUCUCAAACGGUCAGGAUGCCAAUAAGAACAUGAGCAACUCCCUAAUAGCCAGCAUCCAAAGCGAGGUCGUCAGGCAAGCGAGUAACACUACUCUCUCGACGAUACAGUCCAACGCAACAAAAGAUAUGUCUUCGGCUGAUAAGAAUUGUCAGCAUGGCGAGGACAUGGUCAUCAUGCACUUACCCAAGGAUCGGGUGCGCAAAACUCUAGUGAGCAUUGCAACCCAAACUGAUCUGCAACCCGAAUUUCCCCUAUUGACGCUGCCCCCAAAGCGACAGUCUCGAGAGCGUACGCGACGAAAUUAUCGCAAGCGACGGACGCAAGGCUCGGGCUCAAAUAUGUCCACUUCUUCGAGUGACUUUUCCUCCGACUGCAGCAGCGUGGUGUCGCACAGAUCUCGCUCACGAUACGAUUCGACUGAUCAGCUGCGUAACUUAGAUGUAGCAGCAACGUGUGGAGGAGGCAGUAUUGGAAACGGCGGUUAUUCUUCUCGUAGCACUCAACGCCAUCGCAGCUCGGUGAGCUCUUCAUCUUACUCAGAGAAUGGUCAGUACAGGCGCAGGCAGCGCCGCACGAGUUACAACAAGCGUAGAUCUAGAAACCAAAAGCGGGGCAGUACUUCUUCGUCAUGCUCGGGCUCCGAAAAAAGCGAUCGCGAACGUAGCCGCAGCCCACACAGAAAAUUGCGCCACUCGCGGUCCCGGUCGCGCUCAAAGUCUGAUACACGCUACCCUAACAACAACUCCUCCUCCAAUAACAACAACCGGCGAGGAUUCUUUGAUCGUAACGUGUCGCAACCGGCUGUUGAGGAGCGGCGAAUCGUCUACGUCGGGCGCAUUGAGCAAGAAACCACCAAGGAAAUUCUGCGUCGUAAAUUUCUGCCCUAUGGAAGCAUUAAACAAAUAACUAUACACUACAAGGAAAAUGGAAUGAAGUACGGGUUCGUUACGUACGAAAGAGCGCAGGACGCAUUCACGGCCAUUGACACGAGUCAUAGAGACUCGCAAAUAAACAUGUAUGACAUAAGUUUUGGAGGGAGACGUGCCUUCUGUCGUUCAUCUUACGCUGACUUGGAUAAUGCUGGCAUUAAUAAUUACAACUCGUAUGUGUUUCCCAAUGAAGCACCAGCACCGAAAGUAGCCGAUGACUCUUUCGAAGCGUUGUUGCUUAAGGUAAAAGCAAAGUUAAACGCGGGCAAGUCUACGGCGGAGGCACCAGCAGCUACAGAUGCUGUACCACAGGGCCACAGUCAGAUGUGACAUUUUGGCAGAAACCGGCUUAAUUUCGUAUUUUUAAUUUUUAAUUUUUUGAGAAUUUGAAGUAUGUUACGAGCAUUCUACCACUAUCCCUGCACAUGUGUAGACCAAUUUCCGAAGUUUCUAUCUAUAAACCUGAAAAGCCUGAUUACAAUUCUUAAUUUAUCUUAAAAUAGUUGACAGAGCUAUAUAAUGCAAGCAAUAAAAGUAUUGCAAUGUACAUUAGGAUAAUUGUAAUUACCGUGAAGAAAACCUAACAACAAGAAUUGAAAAGAAAAUGAAAUUGUGAUAACCGCGUAAUGCAUACAAAGUCAUUUAAAGCACGUAGGUUAAAAGAAGAUCAAUAGAAAUAAAUCCACUCAUAAAAGCUUUGUAAUAAUCUAUGUAACAACCAAACCACUGGAACCUAAAACAACCAGCCGCCACAACAAUAAUAACAACUCAAAUUCAUUAAAACUAUAUAAAAUGUGUAUAAGAACUAUGUAUUUUGAGAAAGAGCAAGGAACGCGCAUGCAGCAUGCGUCGGCCACGAAUUAAACUGUUGAUAACUAAACUUUGAUAUUAGUUUGUAAAGAGCAUAUUUUGUACGUACUUUUAAUUUACUCCGUAAUUUUUGAAUAGCAAUUACAUCAAAUACAGAAGCUCCACUAAAGCUAUUAUAAAUACAUCAAAAUAUAGCUUUGAAAUUAUUA